GUUAAAAAAAAAAAAAGUUUAAAAAAUGUGAAUAGUAGCAGCCUGAAACUGGUUUAAUCCUAGCACAGUGCAGGCGUGUCAUCACAGCUGGAGGGAUUUGGCUGUAACCCUGGUCCCUUUGGGAGGACACAGGGUGGAGAGGCAUCCUGUGUGUGGCCCACCCAGGGCCUGCCCCAAGAGCAGCUGUAAUAGGAGGUGACCCAGGCCCUGAUUGUGAGGCAGAAGCCAUAUGCAGGACCCAAAAGGUUAACCCCAGCCCAGUGGGUGCUUCAGUCCCUUCAUGUCCAGCUCUCACAGCCAUUUGCCACCACCUAAGCAGAGACGUGAUGUGUAUGACUCCCCACCUGCCAGCAGGGUUUGGUCCCCGAAGCUUCACAGGUUUUUGCAAGGAGGGGAGACACGGGGUAAGGAGAGGAGUAAUUCAGGAGCAGGCACUGCAAGACUCAAGUGCAGGGCCUCUGAGCCACUAUCCGCCCCUUAUGGGCCCAUCCUCUCUGCUCUCUUGGGUCCCGGCCUCACCCUCCCCCAGGCUGGCCUCCAUGAGGGAGCCGUGAACAGGUCACUUCAGCCUCAGGCUGCACCCCUGUGAAAUGCAGACAACCCCACAGAGCAGAUGGAGGGCUCUUGUGGGAAGGUCACGGGAUUCAGGAACAAAGGAGUCUGUGGAACAUCAAGUGAGGACACAGAGUUUCAUGCAACCUUUUCUGCAUCUUGGACAAAAGCUCCUACAGCCUGGUUGCCAUCCUCAGCUCUUCCCCACCGGUCAAGCUGGGCCUGAUUAAUUGCGCUUUUCCUAUCUAAAAACCAAGGUUUUUAUGUUUAUUCCCAUUGUGGCACAGCAGAAAUGAGUCCGACUAGUAUUCAUGAGGACACGGUUUCAAUCCCUGGCCUUGCUCAGUGGGUUAAGGAUCUGGAAAGCUUUGGUGAGCUGUGGUGUAGGUGGAAGACGCAGCUCAGAAACUCCGUUGCUGUGGCUGUGACUAGGCUAGCAGCCAUAGCUUUGGUUCCUGGCCUGGGAACUGCUAUAUGCUGCGGGUGAGGCCCCAAGAACAAACAAACAAAAGUCACCCUGACUGGUUCUGGUCCGGAAAGUAUGUAAAACAUGUCCCAUAAUUCUGGACAAAAACCACCCCUCGCUUUGCAGUACUGAUCCAGCUGAAGCCACGUGUGAGGCUAUGAAGGUGUAAAUCAUGGACAGUUUCUUCGUCAGUAGAUGGGUGUUCUUCCUGCAGUCCCCGCAUGUCCACAGGGCGCUCAGCGGUGGUCGAAUGAAGGUCCCCAGCGCCAUCCUCGCUGUAGAAAUUCCCGAGGAUGGCGGAGAAACCCCGUGGGUUAGGCCAGCCUUCCCGGCAGGUUCCGGCCCCCUCCUGGGACCAUCUGGAGAGGAGGUUCGGAGGAACUACACCCCACAGGCAGCCACUUCCGGCCCCCGCAGAGAGCAGGGCAGCGCUCUGGACGUUGCCUUGGAAGCAGCUGGAGGCCAGCCGCGGUGCUCCAGGGGUUACCAAGGUGACGGCCGGGCGACUGGAAAGAAGCCUCAAGAAGGACGCUUGGGGAGGAGCCUGGGGCGAGCGCCAGCUCUGAUUGGCCGACAGGUCACGCUACUUCCCCACCCAUCGCCUCGCUUGCCAAUAGGCGCCGGGCCUGUCGUGCACAUGCGCAGGAUCAGACGGUACCAUCCCUCUCGGCCGUCGGUGAGUGCUAGUGCGCGGGUACUAAGGGAAAGUAGCUGCUGGGGAGGGUAGGGAGCCCCCCUCAAAACCCUGCCACUCUUCACAUUCCUCUCGAAGGGAUGGGGCACCUCUCAAUCGUGAGAUGCCUCCGAAAAGGAGCAUCUGCUGGCGGAGGCCGCGCCUGUCCUUGCUGAGGCUCAUGGGAAAAGUAGUCCGAGGGGAGGGGGCGGCGCCUUCGGAGCAGAUGCAUGAUUGGCCAAGGCGGCUCUGCCCAAGGGGCGGGCGGGGACGCUGGCUCCCAGUGGCCUCGGGUGGCGGAGGUGGGCGCAGGCCUGGCUGGGUGGGCGUGGCCUCUCACUACCUCCCAAUGUGCCCUGGGCCUCCAGCUUCCAAGCCUUUUCCCGGGCCGGUCCACGUCCCUCCUGCGGGAAAACCUCCUCUUUGGAAGGCGAACUCCAGGCGUCAGGUUUGGUCCAGCCUGUGAGCCAGCCCCCCGAUCCCGCGCUGGGCGUGUUUCACCCCGGAGUCUCUGCGAGCCUGAGACACAAUUAUUUGCUGACCGCUUCACACAACUCGUAGCUCCUCUUUGCUUUGCUCCGGCUUUUCACACGCUCGGUCCAGACGUUGUGAGUGAAGCACUGCUCUCCGUGGUCAGCGAGCUCUGUAUCUCGGGGUCCACAUCAGCCCCUGCCUCGACCAAGCGCAGACCAGCCCUUCAGGGUGCCCCACUUGAGUCAACGUCUCCCGGAGACGGUGAGGACAGGCGGCCUGGCCCCAGUCCUCACCCCGGAUCGUGCCCUACUACAGCCCUAAUUACCCCCUCUCUCCGCCGCGAUGGCUUUCCGGGGCUCCUCAGCCUGUCCCUGGCAGCCUCUGAUGACUCCCUUUGCCUUCCUCUCCAGCAUCAUCUCCCAGCAGUUCCCUGCAGUUUUCUGGAAGCUCUGUCAACAACUUGCCUCCAAGCCUUGGUUCACAAGGCUUCCUUCCGCUCUGUGACUCCUUCCUCCUUGAAGCUUUCCCCAACUCAGCCUCAAGCAUCCCCACACCAGGGUCCUCUCUGUCGCAGCCUCAGUCCCCUGGGCUGGGCCUGUGUGCACACAGGUGACUUACCCUGCCUGUGGGCUUGAGGCUGUCACCCUGACCCCUCCUAUCCUGCAAGUCCCUCUUGGUGGCUCCAGGAAGACUCGCAGCACAAUGCCAUCCCCACUGGGUCCCCCGAGCCUCCCCUCUCUGGACUCCGAGGCCACCCUGGAGGAGCCCGAGGCAGCACGCCAGCGCUUCCGGGGCUUCUGCUACCAGGAGGCAGCCGGUCCCCACGAGGCCCUGGCCCGGCUGCGGGAGCUGUGCCACCAGUGGCUGCAGCCAGAGGCUCACUCCAAGGAGCAGAUGCUGGAGCUGCUGGUGCUGGAGCAGUUCCUGGGCGCUCUGCCCCCUGAGAUCCAGGCCUGGGUGCGGGGCCAGAGGCCAGGCAGCCCAGAGGAGGCUGCUGUUCUGGUCGAGGGCCUGCAGCAUGACCCUGGGCAGCUGCUCAGCUGGAUUACAGCGCACGUCCUGAAGCGGGCAGUGCUUCCAGCAGCACAGAAGACAGAGAAAUCUGUGAGGAGCUCCCACCCUUCAGAGCCAGUGGAGCCCCUCAGGGCAGCCUCUGGGGAGGGGUCCAACGAUGCGCAGAUGGAGGGGGGUGCCCAUCCCAGCUGCAGUGUGAAGGAGGAGCCUGCUGGCUAUGGGCAGGAGACCGCACCCUCCAGCCCCCUAAACCCAGCCACGUCCCAUGAGAGGUGCCUCGAACGACAGGAACCGACCUCUGCGCCUUUCCACCCGUCUAGGAUUCAGGAAGAGUGGGGCCUUCUGGACCCGUCACAGAAGGAGCUGUACUGGGACGUGAUGCUGGAGAAGUACGGCACGGUGGUCUCCCUGGCAGGGUUGCCGCGCCCGCUUCCGGAGGCACUCGCGGAGUCGGAGCCCGAGGGGCUGAGCCCCGGACCGGAGGGACAGAGGAGCCUCCGCCCGGGUAAGGGACCGCCGGCCCCCGGCGGCUGGGGCCGGGAGAGGGGGCCUGGCGUCGCCGGCGACCUGGCUCUGCCACGUCUGCCCCCAGCAGGUGAAAGCGCGAGCUCGGGAGCGGAGGGGCCGUCUGGCCGCCCCGGGGCCCCGCCGCCCGCCGCCUGGGAGGGACCGUCCGCCGCCGCCGCGCCGCCGCCGCCGCCGCCGCCGCGGAGCAAGCGCUACACGUGCGCGCAGUGCGGCCGCGCCUUCGACUGGAAGUCGGUGUUCGUCAUCCACCGGCGCGCGCACGCCAACGCGCCCGGCGCCGAGACGCCGCCGCAGGCCCCGCCCCGGCGCGCGCCCCCGGGCCCGCGCAGCUACUCGUGCGAGGAGUGCGGCCGCAGCUUCAGCUGGAAGUCGCAGCUGGUCAUCCACCGCAAGAGCCACGCCGGCCAGCGGCGCCACCUCUGCGGCGACUGCGGCCACAGCUUCGACUGGAAGUCGCAGCUGGUCAUCCACCUCAAGAGCCACCGGCCCGAGGCCCCGUGAGCGUUGGAGCGGGCAGCCUCGCCCGGCCGGUCCCGGCCCGCCCGGCUCCUCCACCUCGGCCCGGGGCCUCGGGGGCCGCAGAGGGCGCCGGAGCAGGUCCGAGUCCGCGUCCGAGGACGGCCCCCUGCCCGGACACCCCGUGUCCCUUCAGAAGCCGCCGCUCCCUCGCCGCCAGCCUGCCCGACCCCACCUUUACGGCUGAGCCUCGGCCCGCCGCCCGGCCCAGGGGCGGCCCGGUUACCUCCACGCUCCUAGCUGAGCGCGUCGCAGGCCGGCUGCGCUCCCUGUCCCUGCGAGCGCUCGACCUGAUGACCAGGCCCCUUCCCACCAGCGGCCUGGCCUGAGGUCUUUGUGGGGCCCGUGCAGAAAGGCCAGGAGAGCAUAGCCUGCUUCUGUUUGCCGCCGGGCGGAAGGCUAAGAUUGUGCGCUGUGCGUUUUUAACACAUCCCAGUUUAAGACUGAAAAGGUUCUGCGCAAGAAUCCUGACCUCUGGUCUCCGCUGGUCAGAGGAGCAGCACCUGCCCCGUCUGCCUGCCAGCCGGGGCUUUCGGGCCCGCGAGCAGCGUCAGGGUCCGGGCAGCUCUUCCGUGGCCCACACAUCCCUCCCUGGCCUUGUUGUCCAGGCUCUCGAGUCCCAGCCUGAAUGAACAUGAUGGACAAGCAUGGCCUCCGGGAGCAGAUGCCACUUGGGCCACGCACGCCCAGAGCCCACGGAGCAGGAGGUGAGGAAGCCGCUUGCUGCCCGGGUGGCCCGUCUGGGUUCCUGGGCGGUCAUUCAGGACUUUGGCCAGUGGACUGUUAGACUUUGCAGGGUUGCUCUGACAGACUUGUUGAAAAAAACCCAGGUGUGUUCUCUGAGGGCUCUGAACUGGGUCUCACUAGGCUCAAAUCAAGGUGUGGGCAGGGCUGGUGCCUUCUGAAGGCCCUAGGCAGGAACCCACUUUAUGGCCUGUCUUCGCUCACAGACGCUGCCCCUCGGCUUGGUUUAUGGCCCCUUCCUCCGUCUUCAGAGCCAGCGGUGGAGGGUGAUCUCACGUUGCAUCCUCUUUGUGAGGAUCCCCGGGAUUGGGUCCGGGUUCCCUGAGUGACCUGGGCUGAGCUCGCCCCAGAAUCACCUGUCGGCCACACCUGCGCUCAUCUUGUCUCUGUGUCUCACGGUUGCCUUUGCGUGUGAGAUGACACGUUCACAGGCUCUGUGGGUAGGACGUGGGUGACUGGGAUGUUAUCUAGCCCUUCUCUGUCUCCUGGCAUUUGGGGGGGUGGGUUCAGGGAAAUAGGUGCAUCCAAGGAAGGAACCUCUGCAGCCUCAGGCACAUGCAGGGGUGGCUGGGACUGCAGCUACUGGGCAGAGGUGGGGGACAGCUGGGCUGGGGACCUUGCUGCAGCCUGAGACGGGAGGCAGAAGCCUCCAUCCCCCAGUCUUCUGAGGACCUUUGACCUGCUGCACACACGCAGGCCCGGGAAGCACAGCCAGGCUGGAGAUGGAACGGGGCGCAGGUGAUCUGGUUUCCGAGUCCAAGCUCGUACCCCUCACUGCACCGUUGUUGGAGGAGGAGAGACCAGUUGUUGGAGGGAGCAGUGGCAGCUUCGUUCACAAAGCAGCCGACCAAGGAGAUGGUGGGCUCAGGUCCCAGACAACCCCCUGCUUUUGUACUGGAAGGGGAGGGAGCAACGGCAGACAUUUCCCGGCUCCCUCCUGCCUGGGAGCCGCUGCUGUGUUGCCGUCUUCCUGCGGCGGCUCCCGGGUGGGCCUGGUCAGGCUGCUUCCUGGGAGCUUAAACAGGGUACUUUAGCUAAUUGCUGGUUGCCUGGAGGCAGAGUUCCUAGAGAUGGGCCCUUAGGUGUGGUUUAAGCUGUGGUGAUGAAGCCCGUAGUAGCACAAAUAGGUCUCCCCUCUUACAAUCGGGUUGGCAAGCAGGAGGCCAGAUCCAUGUUGGGGGCCUGGAGGUAGAGGGCAGAGCGGGGCUGGGUGCCCCGGAAAGGAGAGCUGGGUGUGAAGGUGCCGAGGGAGAGCAGGCUGCGGUUUCCUAAUAAAGUUUUUCAUAUUUAAAAGCA